AGAUUUGGAAACAUGGAUAUGCCCUGCGUGCAAGCUCAAUAUAGCCCUUCGCCUCCUGGUUCUAGUUAUGCCGCGCAGACGUAUGCUUAUGGAUCUGAGUAUGCCUCAGAGAUCAUGAACCCGGAUUACGCCAAACUGAACAUGGACUUAAGCAGUACUGCUGAAAUCACAGCCGCAGCUACCACCUCGCUGCCCAGCUUCAGCACCUUCAUGGAGGGUUAUUCUGGGAGUUAUGAAUGCAAACCCUCUUGCCUAUACCAAAUGCAGCCGUCGGGUCCCCGGCCCCAGGUCAAGAUGGAAGAUUCCCGGGGGCACAGUUACCACCAUCAUUCGUCCAUUCCGCCGCCUUCCUCCCCCUCGGAAGAGGAAGGGAUGCCCAGUACCUCUAUGUACUUCAAGCAGUCUCCCCCUUCCACCCCGACCACGCCCAGCUUCCCCACGCAGCAGACGUCCAUGUGGGACGAGGCACACCAGCUGCAGGCCACCCAGACUUGCCUCCCAACAAGUCACCUGAUGGAUGCCCCAAUGAAAACCGUGCCAGCUGCCGCACGCUUCCCUCUGUUCCCCUUCAAACACUCGCCACCUCACCCUCCAACCCCCACCGCAGUGGGCGGCCACCACCUCUGCUAUGAUCUCAGCCUCCAGCUAGGAGCCGCAGACCGGUCUGCUCCUAGUGGCCAGCCAGCCCCCAUGGAGGGCCACCCUUAUGGGCUACCGCUGACCAAGAGGGCUGCUGCCUUGGCUUUUCCCCAGCUGAGUCUGACAUCUACUGCUGCUGCCGCUUCAGCGGGGUCCAGUCUGCUAGGAGAGAGUACCAGCCUCCCAUCACCUCCCAGUAGGAGCUCCUCCUCCGGUGAGGGCACUUGUGCUGUGUGUGGGGACAAUGCAGCGUGCCAACACUAUGGUGUGCGCACCUGUGAGGGCUGCAAGGGUUUCUUCAAGAGAACAGUGCAGAAAAAUGCAAAAUACGUUUGCCUGGCAAAUAAAAAUUGUCCAGUAGACAAAAGACGUCGAAACCGAUGUCAAUACUGUAGAUUUCAGAAGUGUCUCAAUGUCGGCAUGGUUAAAGAAGUUGUCCGUACUGAUAGUCUGAAAGGAAGAAGAGGUCGGCUGCCUUCCAAACCAAAGAGCCCUUUACAGCAAGAACCUUCUCAGCCCUCUCCACCUCCUCCUCCAAUCAGUGUAAUGAAUGCCCUUGUGCGAGCUUUAACAGAUUCAACUUCCAGAGACCUGGAUUAUUCCAGGUACUGUUCCGGUGAUCAGGCUGCGGCAGGCACUGAUGCAGAACAUGUACAACAAUUCUAUAACCUUCUGACAGCCUCCAUCGAUGUAUCUAGGAGCUGGGCUGAAAAAAUUCCAGGAUUUACGGAUCUCCCUAAAGAAGAUCAGACUUUACUAAUAGAAUCUGCCUUUUUGGAGCUAUUUGUACUCAGACUUUCCAUCAGAUCUAACACAGCUGAAGAUAAGUUUGUAUUCUGCAAUGGACUUGUGCUUCAUAGACUUCAGUGCCUUCGUGGAUUUGGGGAAUGGCUCGAUUCAAUUAAAGACUUUUCCUUAAACUUAAAGAGCCUUAACCUCGACAUCCCCGCCUUAGCAUGCUUAUCAGCUCUCAGUAUGAUUACAGAAAGACAUGGGUUAAAAGAACCAAAGAAAGUAGAAGAGCUAUGCAACAAGAUUACAAGUAGUCUGAAAGAUCAUUUGGCUUUUGGAUGCCAGACUAAAGGACAACCUCUUGAGCCUGCAGAACCUAAGGUACUAGGUGCCCUUGCUGACUUACGUUCUCUCUGCACACUGGGACUCCAGCGCAUCUUUUACCUGAAACUGGAAGAUUUGGUUCCACCCCCUUCUAUUAUCGACAGGCUCUUUCUGGACACUCUGCCCUUCUGAA